AUGUCGCAGAACAAAUCGAAACCGAGAGAUUCGAAAGCUCGUGACCCUCCUCCUAGCCUCUUUCUCCGUCCAUCGCCAAGUGCAUCGCAUGUUUCGCUGUCAGGAGUUGUUGCUGCGGGCCCUGGACUGCCAUCGGCUGGCUUGUCCACUCAGCAGUCACAAGCACCGCCUCCUCUUUCUCGCACAGGCUCUCUACUCAAUCCUCUAAAUCGUCCAUUUCCUCGUCUUCAGACCGGCGACUCGACCAGAACCACCGAUAGAACCGACGCGCUAUGGGCCGAGAUGCAGGCAACCCUCGAAGAGGCCGAACUGUCCGCCAGUGGUGGGACCCACGUAUUUGGGCCUGAUCAUGAUCGCAAGUUAGCGCAAUUGCGAGCUGCCCAGAUUGCUCUGGCGCAAGCUUGGGCGCGAAGCGAAGCUGAUGACGCCGCUGGCGGACCCGUUGUCUCGGAGACUGAGGUACGAAAUCUAAAAGGCGCCUUGGGCGAGGUAGGAGGUAUGGCGGCAGCCGUAGCUGCUAGUGCUACUCAAAAUUCCACUAUUCCGUCCGGGGUUGCCAAGGCCGCUGCCGAAGGUACAGAUACGGGCAAAAGCACUAUGGGAACUGGGAGUGCACAGCCCGGCAAUAGUGGCCUCGACGGCGAGAAGCUCGGCGCCAAGCUUGAAGAGGAAACGGAGCGAGAUAUUCUCCUUGCUAGAAAUAGGAGGGAGGCGAAUGAUCGAUACUUCAGCAAAGUAGACCAAGGUGUGAGAGAUGUUGUUGCUAAGCUUGAAGAGGUUGCUAUUGCUAUGAGAGCUGUUGAGCAAGAGACAAGAGGCGUCUGGGGUGAAGAAAGCGCCGUGGAAAGUGCUGACGCUUAG